UGACGGCCCCCGCGCCCUCUGACCCCUGAAGAUGGCGCCCGUCGAGUUGGCAUUGCGAGGUGGAGCGGCGUCGUCGUUGUCUCUCACAGCGGAGCCUUAGAGACACGAGUGGAGCUUUAGAGACAAGAGUGGAGCCGGGACUCAAGAGUGGCGCCGUUGAUUUAGAGUGCAGCCGGGACUCGCAGCGAAGCCGCCAUUCGGAGUGGAGCCGGGACUGGGAGUGUAGCGGAGACUUCAACAGUUCACUCAUUCGGAGUGGAGCCAUUCGGAGUGGAACGAUUUGAUUCGGAGUGGAUCCGGUUGACUCAAGAGCGGAGCGGCUGACUCACAGUGGAGCCCAUUCGGAGUGGGGCCGGCACUGGGACUUGAUCCCCGGGUGGUUGUGCAGUUGAAGCCCGUGGUGGAUCCGAGUCGUCUCCGCGGUUGGAGCCGGCGGCAGAAGUUGUCGUGAGUAGAAGCCGCGUGCGUGCGUUCGUGUGGCCAUGGCCACGUCCGCCACCCGUUGUGAGUGUCGCGUCUAAGGAGCCUCGUCUCGAACGUCAGUGGCGGCGGGGUGGUGGACGAUGUCUUGGCUGGGCCUCGGGAGUCUGGGCGGCGGCCUGGGCCAGUCGCUGGGCCAGGUGGGAGGCAGCCUGUCCUCGCUGAGCGGACAGAUCUCCAGCCUCACCAAGGACCUGCUCACGGAGGGCACGGAGGAACUCGGAGAUGCUUCUACAGAGCUCCAGCUGACGAAAGCCAGGCUGCAGGAAUUACAAGCCACCUGUACAACCCAGAAAUCAGAGCAUGAGCGGCUACGUGUCAUGUGUGCGGAGCUGGAGGAUAAGAAGGAGGCGGCUGAGCUGCAUGUGCAGCACGUCUCUGCCGAGUACCGAACGCAGCUGCAGCAAAAGGAGGUGGAGGUGAGCCUUUUGCGGGCGAGACAAAAUGCCCUACAGGAGCAGCUGCGUGAACUACAAUAUGCACAAGAUGGCUGGAAAAGCAUGGGGAACCUGGAAGGAACUCAGACCUCCUCCCCAUCUGCUUCUUCAGCCACCUCCACGGGACAGCUCCAUUUCCGCACGUCGGUUGCGCAUGGUUUCCACACCGAUGAUGAGGUGGACUAUGAGGAGGUCAUCUUCUCGGAGCGCGAGCUGGACCGGUUGUCAAGGGAGGUGGUGCGCCUUCAAACCGAGGCAGACCACUGGCGUCAGCUUGCUCAGGCUGCUGUUGGUGAAGAACCUGGCAGCUCAGAAAAUAAUGAAGUGCACAAGCUGCAGACCAUGGUUAAGGAGCUGAAGAGGCAACUUACAUCCGAGCUGGAUGAGAGGCAGCGUGAGGUGUCCGCCCUGCAAGACGCUCACCGCCAGCAGCUGGCCCAAGCCGCCCAUGCACACCACACUCGCACCGCUGAGCAGGCAGACCACAUCGCCCAGCUACAGCAGCAGCUGCAGCUUCUCCAAGAGCCCAGCUGUGAUUUUCUACAGACCACUGCUGACAAUAGUGGAGCAGCAACUUUGCUUCACACAGAGCAAGAGAUCGAAGAUGCAGGCACCGGACCUUGCAUUUCAGACAAUACGGGCAGUGGUGCACAGGAUGAUGAAGCGUCACAUGAAGCCCCCUCGAGAAUGAGGCAAGGAUUAGCAGAUGAGAGCAUGGAGUUAAAAAAGACAAAAGUGACCGUGAGAGAUGCUGGAUCCCAGUGCGAGGACAACAGCCUGGGAGAUGUGAUGGUGCGGCAGGAGGUGGAGGAAGGGCCGAAUGAGGCAGAAGGCCUCACGUGGCAACGGAGUGCAGCAGAUAUUCAAACCCUGACUGUUCUGCUGCAAGAGCGAGAACAGGAGCUGGGACACACAAUCACACACAGGGACUCGCUUCUCUCCCAGCUGGAGGAGCUCGACAGGCAAAACCAGGAGGCCACUCAACAUAUCGUCAUGUUGAGACAACAACUUAAGGAACACCGCCAAGAAGCAGAUUUAAUGUCCACACAGCACCAGGAGCAGCUUCGUACUCUGGAAUUACAGUUGACAGAGGCGAGCGCUGCCUUGGCUCGUGGAGAUGAUACUGAUGGAAGUCAUGCCUCUUCCACGUCAUUCCUGCUCGUGAAGAGCGAGGUGACAGUGGAGGGACUCACCGACGUUGAGUUGCAGGAAAAUAUCUGUGGUGAAGAACUACCUUUGGAAGCAUUCUCACAAAAAACGCAGACGCAUUCACAUGAAAUGGAUAUGUUUGCACUUUCUGGAUGUGAAGAACUCUCACGACCAGAACUUGAGCAGCUUAAGGAAGAAAUAACGAAUAUUAGACUUUUAAAUGAACAACUGCAGGUUGAACUUAAUGAUAUGAAAAUUGUUAGGCAAGAAUGCGAACAGAGCCUGGCAGCGGUGGAAGCUGAACUUAAGGAAACCUAUCGCCAGCUCGGAGACGCAAAGACGAGCAAAGAUGAAAUUACCAAAAGCAUGAGCUUUGACAAGGCACAGGUGGAAGCUGAGUUGAGGCAGGCUGAGAACAAACUGGAAACUGAACGAAAACAGUGCCAGCUAACGAUUCAACAACUCGCUGAUGGGUGUGCCACAGAGACUAGUGUGCUGAAAACAGAAAACGAGCGAGUUUUGCAAUUAAUUCGAGAGAAAGAAAUGGACAUUUCUUCAUUGGAACACGAUGUUGAGAGAUUACAGGGAGAACUAAAGGAGUCCAAAGAAAUGCUGCUUUCAAAAGUGCAAGAACAAACAUCUUUGAUGAAACUCGUGUUUGAGAAAGAUGAGAAAAAUCAGGAAUUGCAAAAUCAGUUAACAGCAUUUAAGGAGGAAUUGGAAAUAAGAUGUAAGGCCAUUCAGGAUACAGACGCUGCUGCUUUGAGACUUUCAUUGGAAGAAAACGAAAAUCAGCUGAGUACUCUGAGAGAAGAAAACAUCCAUUUAAAAGAAGAAAUUGACCACCUUCAACCCACAGUCGACCCAAAGUCAAUGGACAUAAUUUCAGAGCAAGAAACAGAAAUUGCUGAGCUCAUGGAAAAGAUUCGAGGUGUGGAAGCCGAAAGAGUGUUUCAAAAGCAGCUGACCGAACAGCAAAAUGUUAAGAUCGUACAGAUGCAGAAAACUAUCCAGCAACAGGAAUCUCAUCUCUCUGAAGCCAAAACUCUACAAGAACAGGCAAUCUCAGCUUCUCAGAAGCUAAUUUCUGAAAAGGAAAGUGAAAUUGUUCGCCUUCAGGAAGUGCUAGCAAGCAUCCAGUCUCCGUGUUCCAAUGAGAUAAUUGAUAGAGUGAACGUUCCUGUUUUCUUGAAAGAAAAUGGUAACAAACAGCAAACGGAGAGCCAAGAAAGUGAAAAGCAAGAUCUAUCCAAGCUCGAAGUUGAACAUCUCUUGAGAAGCUUAAAUGACAAAGAGGUAGAAGUUAAUUCGCUCAACGAAAGGAAUAACUCCCUCAUCGAGGAGUUGAAGCAGAUGACAUUUUUGCAGGAGGAAGUAGGGAAACUUGCACAACUACUUAAACACAGAGAGCAAGAGAUUCAGCACUUGCAUACACGAGUCUUAGAGUGUGGCCCACAGGGCUCACCGAUGGGAUCGGGUAUUGAGGCAACAGCUCAGCAUCGAGUACAAGCCCUGAUGAGUGAACGUGAACACAUCCUCAUGGUGCUCAAUGAGAAAGCUAGGGAGAAUGCUCAACUCCGGACGGAGCAGCACCAGCUUGUGGACAUGAUGGCAGCCAAGGAGAACAGCCUGCAGAGCCUGAUGGAGGAAAACCGCCGCAUGGCUGAUGACCUGGCACAAAAUUCUGGAAGUUAUGAUAUGUCAAGGGAAGCGAUCCAGAAUCUCUCUCGCUUGGUUCGCGAGAAAGACAUAGAAAUCGAUGCUUUAUCGCAGAAAUGCCAGACACUGCUGGCAGUGCUGCAGGCUUCUAAUGAGCAUUCUCCAUUCAUACCAGCUGAGAGAGAUGGUUCUCCAGUAGAGCAACAGCAGAAGCCACACAUGGAAGGAUUGGUUAGCGGUGCUCAGUUUGAAGAGGUGUUGCAGGAGCGAGAGCAGCUUCGGCAACAGGUGAAGAAGGUUGAGGAGUGGAAGCAGCAGGCACUUACAUCCGUGCAAAAUAUGCAACACGAAUCUGCACACCUGCAGGACGAGUUGCGCCAGCUUGCUGGCCAGGUUGCCAAGGACGCAGGGUUAGGCUUCCACCUUCAAGAGGGUUAUGAUGGUCUCCUUCAGGGCUAUCAACAACAUGUGCACAGUCUGCAGAGCCUGCGAGAGGAUCUUGGAAAAGUCCAGCUCGGUCUUUGUUCCCUACAGGCGACGGGAAAUCGCAUUACAGAAAAAAUCCAAAAUACAUCUUUUGAUAACCAGACUAACCUCAGUGUCUCGGAGACUCAUUAUUCGGAUGUUGAUAAUACAGGUAACAUGAACAUCGACAAUCUAAAAUUACUACAUCUAGACGAACAAAAUACCGUUCCUACAAAUGAGCAGCACGCAACCCAGCCAGGGAAGGCACAGACAGCUGACUGGAGCUCUCAGCCAGAAGAGGUGCAGAAUUUGCGUAAAAUUUUGGAAGAAAAAGACGUCAAUCUGCAAAAGUUACGAGAACAUAACGAUCAACUUUUAAAUAACUUGUCUGAUCUCUCCAAAUCGGAAAAUAAAAUGUGUCAAUCUGACCACGGUGCAAACCAUGAACAGACCGAAAACAUAAUGAAGAAAUCGGAAGAACUCCUGAAGUUAUUGCAAGAGAAAGAUUCCACGAUAAAAAGGCAAUGUGAAGAGAUUGCAGCUACGGCAGAGAAGCAGAGGACUUGGAACAGUGAAAAUGAGUUGCUGAGGCAGGCGGUGAUAAAUUUGAAGGAGAGGGCUCGGCUCCUGGAGGCUGAUCUGGCACAACUCAAGGAGGAGAAAGAACAAGUUCGCCAGCACGCGCAGGGACAACAUUCUGAACUGGGUGCCCUCCAGCAGUCUGCUAUGCAGCUUUCCAUGCUGCUUCGCGAGAAGGAGUUUGAAACGAGCUCUGCCAAAGAGAAGGCCGCUGCACUGGAGAAGCUGCUGAGAGAAAAGGAUGCGGGGAGUGCAGGAGAGCUGGAAACAUUGCUCGCUGAACUUAAACGCCAACAAGAACAAGCCGUGGCGUUUCAGCACGAGCGGGAUCAGUCGCUGUUGGCAUUGAAGCAAAAACAAAUGGAGAACAUGGCUCUCACACGAGAUCUGGAACGAGUUGCGGAGUUGGAGCUGCGCCUUCGGCAGGAUGCGGAACGCCUGCGUGCACACCUCGUGCAAGUGGAAGAAGCGCACACACUCGAAGAUCUGGCCGGCCAGGAGCGCGAGGCUUCUCUGAGCCACGAGGUCACCGUCCUGCGGGGCAAGCUCAAUGCUGCCUACUCUGCGAGUGAAAGUACCAGUUAUGAAGCCUCGAUGCGAGCAGACAUGCUGCAAGAACAGUUGAGGGCAGUGUCUUUGCAGAGGGAUACUGCUGUGCAACAGUGCAAUGCUGCCCGCCAGCAGGCGCAGCAGUAUGCAGCAUCACUUUCAAACUUGCAGACAGUUCUUGAGCAGUUUCAACAGGAGGAGAAAUCUAUGUAUGCUACAGAGUUAGAAAAACAUCGCCGUGAAGCACAGAGCAACUUACAGAAAGCCAACCAGAUGCAGCAGCAAGUCAAGCAGUUACAGGAGCAACUGGACGAAGCCAACGAUGCCUUGGAGUCAGCGUCUCGACUCACCGAGCAGCUGGAUCUCAAGGAUGCGCGCAUAGAGGAGCUGCAGCGGCAAGUGCUGCUGCAGCAGGAAAUGCUGGAAGAAGUUCAAACGAAGAUGAUGAAUCUCCUUAACAGCAGCGAAGGAAAAGUGGACAAGGUCUUGUUGCGGAAUAUUCUCGUUGGAUACUUUUCUACGCCAAAAAAUAAGCGUGUCGAAGUGCUUAAGUUGAUGGGUGUUGUUCUUGGAGUUAAAAGAGAAGACAUGGACAAACUUGUCAGUGAUGAGCAAGUAACUGUCACAAAGUGGGUCUCAAGUUGGCUGGGAGGAGGGAGCAGCCACAACCAUCCAGCAGCCUCGCACAAAUCCCACAACUUGGAAAUGAACAGCUCUUUUUCAGAGAUGUUUCUAAAGUUUCUGGAGACCGAGUCCUUGCCUUCUCCUCCUCCACCAAAGAUGCUGCUGGCAGGGCUUCAGACGUACGAAACCGACAAAGCUUCACGUAUUCCAGGUCCAGGUCUGGCACGGAGACCGGAAAUUAUUCAUCCAAUCAUGGUAGCUCGUUCCUCGGCUGUGCCACUUGCUGGGACAUCUCAAGCUGGGCUGCAUCCACAGUCCAGCCACCUGCUGAUGAAGCCCAUCUCUGAUACAUUGCCAACUUUCACACCACUGCCAGUUUCUACUGAUGCCAGUUCAGACGUUCUCUUCAAGGAUUUACUGAAAUGAUUUUUUGUAAAACACAGGGAUUUAGUAUUUGCUUUAUAUUUCAGGUAGAUUGUUGUAUUUCAGUAAGCCUUUCAAAGGAUAAAGAAAAAGCACUAUCAAGCAUUCAUUAAUAAAAUUGGCCUCAAUACAAAUUCAGCUUUUUGUAUCUGAGAAGAACCAACUACACUGUUCUGUAACUACUAAAUAGUUUGCAACGGAAAAGCAAACUAGGUCCAUAAAUCCUAAGCGAUGCACCUGUGUACGGUCAGAUGUUUGUGCAAUCUAAAGUAUGAGAUAUUCCUCCAGUAAUUCAUAAAAGUCAAACCCAGAUAUGUUUUCAAAACAGAUUGUUGACAAUCCUCUAUUUUGUUGUGGGCUACUCUUUCAUUUAAAAGAUUGUCCAAGUACACUAUGCAAAUACUCUUUUAAUCUUUGUUGUGUAUAGCUUCUCUAAUCGUUCGGGUGACUAAAACUGCUAAAUGUAUUUAGCAGUGUCUGUAUAUAUGUGUUGUUCUCAACAUCAUGUUCACGGAAUUGCUAAGAUGCAACUGCACUCUUGAUCUUAAUGAUUUCUUUCUUGUUUUACCGGCAAUACAUUUACUUUAAAAAAGCUAAAUAUAGUAAAGGUGCACCUUUAUAAACAGUUAAUUUUCACGAGUUUGCAGCCAGGUUAUACGCAAUAUAUGGAACAUGUUGGAUUUAUGUAUUGGCUACUGCAUAUGGGUUUCCUUUCGUGGUGUAUAAAACUUGGCAAUGUAGUGAAACCCAUCUGUACAUACCUAUUUAAAAAUUGAAAGAUAAAGCAUUGGGAUUUUUACUGGUCCGUGUAAGGGCAUGGUUUUGUAAAGACAAUUGGGGCAACAUGUAUAAGUUAACAUUUAAAAUUAAAUUGUGUGGCUAAAUUAAUACUGAAUGUAAUACUUUGGCUUUAUAGGACUCCGGUUUACCUGGCUUGUUUACAAUGUGUGAAGCAAUGAUUUUAAGCAGGACUCGUCCUUCUGGAGCCUAUUAAGUUCGUUCUUAGUACAGUACUAAAAUCAUGGAAUCCACAAGAGUUUUCUUGGGUUAGAUCGCGCAAAUAUAAAUGUGUCGUUAAACCCGCCGCCACCCGACACAGCCACUUAGUAAGGUUUGUCAUGUAAAUAAAAUAUGCCAAUUCGUUGCUAGUUCAGCACACCGGUGUUGUCGGAGAGUAAACCCACAACAUUUUCAAUUCGAGCACGACGUUUCGCUGGUAAUUGCAACCAGCAUCAUCAGGUGGACAGCCAGAGUUGUGGAGAAAUCCUGUUUUGGUCGCGAAAGGCUUCGUGUUAAACUGAUAAUCGUGGAAGUUAGGGAUAACAAUGUGGAUAUGUUAACUGUUUAGGAUUCGGGGUUGUUUGCUACGGUUUUGGGGUGAACGUUAAAAGUUAAUCUUUAUUUCGAUGAGUAUUUAGGCUUGGGGGGUGGUGGAUCGGGUGGAGUGGAGUGAUGGUAUGGGACUGGAACGUCUCCACAGUUGCAACCUGUCCACGCUGACCUUUGGGGCCCAGUUCCCUAGGCGCCGCCAAGCCAAGCAACUUUUUGCAUUCACCACCUUAUCUCGGCUGUAGCAGAUUUUUCUUGCGUGCAGCGGUGUACUCUGCCAUCUACAGUUAAAGUGUUCAUUUGUUAUAAAAAAAAAACACGCAACACUUGCCAUAACUUCAGUAGUGUCAUGCUCAUGCUGGUAAAAUAAAUAAAUGAAACAGUGGGCCCUGGCCUUUGCAAAACG